AUGAAACUCUCCAGUUCGAGCAAUGAUGAUGGUGGAAAACAACAAGAUGAUUUAGCAGGAGGAGGUGCUGAUGAAAAACCCUCCUCACCACUACUAACAACAACAACCACUACGACAACGAGUCCAUUGUCAUCUUCGUCCUUUAUGGUUGCUUCGAUGGGCAUGGCGAUGGGAUCGGGUGGAUCUGGACAAGCUUCUCUUCCGGGUAGCAAUAAUAAUUAUAAUAAUAAUAUUAAUAAUAUUAAUAAUAAUUCGAGUGGUAUGAAUACGAGUAGUAAUACUAGUAAUUGUGCUAACAAUAAUUAUCAACAAGGUAACAAUGGAAAGAUUAGCUUGCUUUUAAAGAUGGUUCGGGAGGGAAAUUAUGAAAUGGUUGAAGCCAUGAUCAAUAACAGAGAAGCCGGAAUAAAUGAUUGUGAUACUAGUGGAUGCACUGCUCUUGGUGUAGCUGUAGAUUCUGUAAAUAUGAAAAUGUUGAAAUUCCUCAUUAGAAGAGGAGGCAAUACUAAUGGAAUAAUUUAUGGAAGAAGUAUUUUACAAUAUUGUAUGGAAAGAAAUCUUAUUCCAUUUGCUUCCUAUCUCAUUAGAAUGGGUGCCAAGCCAAAAACAGUUACCAUUCCAACAAAUCCAAGCAUGGACAUUAUUGUUAAUCAAGUAAUUGCUACUCAAGUUGAAAAAUUUAUUAAUGCUCUCCGUAUAAGGAAUUUCGAAAGAGCUAAUUAUCUUAUUACUAAGAAUCUUAAACAUAACAUUCUCAUUGUGGAUUGUUUGAAUCAAGAACGUGAAACACCACUCUAUGCAUUAUCUAAACAUAACAAUCCAGAGGCAGUUGAAUGGUUGAUAAAACAUGGAGCUCAAGUUGAUUUGAAAGUUAUGGAUCGCAACAUGAAUUCUCUUCAAGUUGCCAUUCAAUGCAAACACUGGAAUGUUGUCAAGACAUUAAUCAAAAAUGGAGCAAAUAUGUAUAUAAGAGAUGAAUUUGGAUUGACCUGCGAAGAAAGAGUCAAACAUAACGGAAUUGAUUUGAAUGCACUUGUAUAUGGGAAUGUGCCUCAACCUCAAAUUGUUUCACCUCCUUCAUACCAAGGCAAUUUGAUUAUUAACCAACCAACUCUUAAUCAACCUCCUCCUUCUUACACAUUCCAACAAGCUCAAUCUAUCUAUCAACCAAUACUCUCAAAUGCGCAACCUCAAACCUAUCAACCUAUUCAACCACCACCACCAAACUAUUUCCUUCAAACACAACCAUUUGCCCAAUCAACUGCUCCACCACUCUAUAAUAGCGUGUCUAGUACUUUACCUCCUCAAUAUCCUCCAUCAAUCAAUAAUAGACCGCAUUCUCCAUCAGUUCCUAGAGUAACUGAAUCAACCUUUACUCCUUCUCCAACUGGAUUUCUACUCCAAGGAAAAGAUGAUCCUCCAGUAAUUGCUGUAAAAUUGGUAGAUUUCUUUAGUACCGAAGCUCUCAACAAGUCUCUCAAAUCAGCCAUGAAUUUAAUCAAAUUAAGACAAGACCACAUUAUUGGUGUUAGAGAUGUUGCUGUUUUGAAAUGCAAAAUUCCAGAGAAUAACCAAAACUCAAACGAUCUUACAAACAAGAGUACGCUCUGUGUGGAAAUGGAUUACUACGACAAGGGAAGUCUUGAGAGCCUUAUCAAACAAAAAGUUGUUUUGAAAGAAGCAGUCAUUAAGAAGUUUAUUUCUCAAAUCAUUGGUACCCUCCAAUACAUGAACAAACACAAGAUUGUUCACAGAAACAUCAAACCACAUAAUAUUUUACUGAGAGAAUGGGAUCCUUCUGAAAAUAUUGACACUGUUUUAAUUGGAUUCCGUUUAUCCAAAUCAGUCAGUGAUUCUGCAAGUGAUAUUCAACAAGCUGGUUCUCUUCAAUUCAUUCCACCAGAACUUUUGGACAUUUCUGAAGAAUUGGAAGAAAAUACUGCCAUGUUUGCUUCUGCUGACAUUUUUGCUUUGGGUGUAACGUGUUACCAACUCCUUACUUUUGAUACUGUCACCAUGAUUAAUGGUCUCAUUAUGAAGUAUGGUAAUGAAGAAAAGGUAAUGAAUCAUCUCAGAUCAAGCAUUAUCAAGAAUCAACACUAUCCAUACUCUACAGGACUCGUUGAAUUGGUAAUUUCAAUGCUCAGAUUAAACACUGCUGACAGAAUCACACUUGAUGAAAUUUUGGAUCGUCUCUCCACUCUUCAAUAA